AUGUCUGACUAUACAUACACGGUCUCAUAUUGGCCAGCCGACGACGACGCGGCCAAGAACCCGGCUCUCGACUUUGCCGCUAUCAGGAAGCAGGCCGAUACACCUCACUACCUCGGUGUCCGUGUCGAGGAACCUCCGUUCGCUUUCCUGUCGACUCUCAAGUCCGCUGCAUCGCCCGCGCAUGCCACACUGAGUGAUGUGCUACCUUCUGCCGCAAAGGCUGGGCUGAAGACUAUCACGGUCACUUACGCGACCAAUCCUACCGAGACCCUCUCAGGGAAGCUCGUUGAGCAUGCAUUCGUCCAUCCUCGCGAGGGUGUAGACAAAGCAGCGCUUGUGGAGUGGGGCGAACGUGGCGCAGAUGCACUCAAGGCUGCCGGAGCGGAGGUGUGCAACGCCGCCACUUAUGGGACCGUAUUAGAGGAGUCGGACGCCGUCAUACUACUCAUCGGAUGGGAGAGCUUCGAUGUUCACAGAGCGUGGACUGCAGAGGGGGGCCCCGGUCGCGAACUUCUGCUCGACCUGUUCGCGAAGAUAGAUCGCCCACGGCUCUUUGCUUCGCAUGUUUCAUACACCAAAUACUAA